GGCGCUUUCGUUACCGGCAGGGAUUGCGAUUAAGAAAGGACGCUUAGUGGUUCAGCGGUGCUUUUGGUGAUAACUUGCAAGCUCUAGCCGGCAAAGUGUUCGGCAAGGUCUUGGAAGAUGCAGCGCUCCUGCCAAAGCCCUCGUAGCACUGUACGCCAGAAAGGGCUAUGCCGCGAAGUAUGUGUAAAAAUGCUGAACCUUCGUAGCAGGAGUGUUCCGAUUGCCCAAAGCCCGCGCUUGUCAGCGGACGUCAGCAGCACUUCGCGUCGCUUAGCAGCAAGCGGAACGUCGGAGCAGAGCGUGCCAACCAUGCGCGCCGUUCCGUCCUAUGCGGCGAUGAGAGCUGGCAUCAGCGCUGCUGCAAGCUCGGGCUCUUUGGCAACAAUCAUGGGCCCGGAUGGCAAGUCGAGUUCGCUGCGCAAGCUUGUUGUAGAUGGCGUGAACGACUCUGGCAACGUCCAGGUCAAAUUUUGCCUCAAGUAUCGUACAUCGUACGGCCAGUCAGUUAAAAUUAUCGGAUCCCACCCCAAGUUGGGAUUCUGGGAUGUGAACAAGGCGUUGCCGCUCACCUGGACGGAGGGUGACCGUUGGGUCGCGACCGUUGAGCUUCCUGCGGGGUCCGUGUACGAAUACAAGUACGUGCUGGUGGAUCACGACGGGCGCAGUGCGCUGGCGUGGCAGGGCGGCGGCAACAGCGUGCUGGCGCUGGGGGAUCAGGACGAGCAGCAGGGGGUGGAGGUGCAGGACAACUGGGGCAACAACCCGGGUCAGGCGGCGGUUAUUGCCAACGGUCAAUCCACAACUCGGGAAGGCAAGCUGCAGGCCUGGGCCGAGGAGAUGCGGCAGUACCGGGCGCUCGCUCGUUCCGCGCAGUUUGAGCUGACCCGCAAGAGCGAGGAGCUGCAGGCGUCCAAGGCGCAGGUUGCUCGGCUGAAGAUGGAGCUGAGUCUGAGUGUGAAGGCGCGGGACGAGCUGGAGGGCAGGCUGGCGGAGGCGGAGGCGGAGAACCUGUCGCUGCGGGCGCAGGUUGCUCAGAGCCAGCUGGCCAUGCGCAGUACCCUGGAGGAGGCGAUCAAGCUGCUGCAACAGGAAAUCGACGAGGAGGAGGGCGACGAGGAGACAGCUGGCGAGCUGUUUGCCUACCAGCAGGGAGCGGCACUGGCAGCGGAGCAGCAGCAACUAGGGGAGGAGGAGCUAGCACUGCUUCAACAACAGCAGGAACAGGAACAGCAGGAGGCAGCGGAGCCUGUGCCAGUAGCUGCUACUACUGCGACUGCCUCCAACGGUAACGGCCAUAAGGGUAGCUCGUCCAACGGUGGAGGUGUUGGUAUCGGCAGCAUGUGGGGCUGGGGCCGCAGCACCAAUGGUGCGUCUACGUCUACGUCGACCAGCGGUGGCACCAACGGCAGCAGCGGCAGCAGCGGCAGCGGGGCAUCUUCGUCCUCCGGAGCGGUGCCCGGCAAUGGCAACGGGUCGCCCUUUGCUGAGCGGUUUGGGUUCCGAAUGAGCGGCAAUGGCAGUGCUGGUGCUAGUGGUGCUGGUGCUGGUGGUGGGAGCAGCUCGUUAGACGGCAGCGAGGGCGGCAGCAAUGGCUACCACCGACAGGGGCUGACCAGCAGCUCCUCCCCUGCCUCCCCGCCUUCUCACCAACCGGGCCACCACGCCACCUCUCGAGCUGCAACACCCGUCACAACAGCCGCUUACAUGACGUACGGACCCUCAUCAUCUGUAGCCUCCUCGUCCUCAUCCACAUCACCACCUUCAGAGCCCACCCUGUCGUCCCUUUCCUCCUCACCCGCCGCCUCCCCCUCCUCCUCCUUCUCGGCGCCAUUUGGGUCACCAGCAGCAGCAGCAGCUGCUUCCCCGCUUCCUUCAUCCUCUUCGACAGCCGGGUUGGCGGGUUCGCCAGCAGCCGGGGCCCAGCCAACGGCGGGUGGGGCGAGCCGAAACGCCUUUGCGGACUGGCGGUCUCGACUGGGGGGCAGCAGCAGCGGCAGCGCACAAUGAUGAUGGGAGGUGCAGGAGGAGGAGGGAACGAUUACCGGCACUUGAGGAGUUUGUGCAAGUAAGCAGCCGAAUGCUUACCGGGAUGCUUCCUGGGAUGCAAGUAAGCAGCCGUUGGGUGCUUACUGGGAUGCGACCGCGAACGAGCGAUCGGCUUGUUGACCUACACGGGCUGCGGUGUGCUGACCCCGGAUGAACGACACCACCAGCAGCAUGGAAGGCCCUUUUGGUUUGCAGGGGCCCUCGCCUGCAGGGGUCUGGAUCUGGGCCCUAAAGGGGUUCCGGUAUCCGGAAGAAGUAAGCGAUGACGCAGCCCUUGCUUCGGAUGCCGCGUUUCUCAGCUCUUUGGGGCUAAGAAGGGAGGGCCUGUUGGUGCAUGUGGCAGCGCUGUUGGCAGGCUCGCGCCGCACUGCGGGCUGAGGCUGCAGGGUGCCGAGCGUCAGGGAUUGAUGAAGCGCUUGUGUUGUGCUCAUAUUAAUGUAUUCCUGCAUGUGUGUACCUUGGGAGUGUGUGUUUUGGAAGAAGCUGUUUAGGGUGCUGCUGUCGCGCUUGAAUGCACGUCGUGGUCGUGGUGAAGCUUUUGGACAGUGCGGCACGCGGUUGGGCAACGCCGGCGAUGUGGGUUAUGUUUGCGCGGGUUUGCUGCGAACCCAGCAAUGUCGGAUGGAGGCUGGUUGGAUGCGGCCGCGAGAAGACAUGUACGACUGCUGACUCUGUGUGGCAGGCGGGCGCAGGAGGAGGAAGCCAGGGUAACCCGUUCCCUGUUCCAAGAGAGAUGUGGGGGCGGGUGAUGACGUUCGUGUGUCGCUGCUGUGUUGCGUGGGGAUCUGUGAGUGCAUGUUUUGAGUCUUCUUGCAUCGCAGUGUUGUUAGGUGCUGGCCUGGUGCGCGUAGUCUCUUGGUGCGGGUGGGUGCGCUUGCAGACCUUUAAAUCACGCUAGCUUGCAGACGUUUCGGCGGGACAAACUCUGUCCCUCGUUUUCCUUGGCAAGUCCAUUUGGAACCAUCCGCAGGGAGAAUUACUGACAUUGCUUCAUUGGGGUCGGCGGUUUUGUCCUGUCUUUGAGAAUAUGCAGCGGCGAGGAAGAGCAUAAACACGGCCGUACGGUGCCCGUUGUGUCCGUGUGUGAGCAAUCUAACUUAACGACAGUAGAGGGGCUUCAGAAACGAGUUUUCGGAUUUCCCGUGUGCUGCCCCCCCGGCUACUUUUCAAGAGGAGACGGGCUUGCUACAAUUGCUUGCCGUCGGUUUGGAGAGACCUGUGACGUCGGCGAACGGGUGUAUGAUUACGCAGUGUUGUUCUGCGCAUGAGCGGGCGACAGGCUGUUGUUAUGGCUUAUGGAUGAUGUGUUUUAGCUCUUUUGAUAGCAUUGAAUGUGGAUAGCACAUAGGUCAGGAUGAGGGAGCUGCUUCCUUGUGUUUUGUGUUCGUUUGUGUUCGUAUGUGUCUGGAGGGCUGUAUGACUGCAGGAUUGUAAACGGUUUUAUGUACGACGGAAGUUGUACGUGUUAUAUCGUGAGCUUGGAGGAGUGCUGCUGCUGUGUGAAAUGUGUAUGUAUAGGAUUUGAGUCGAGAAUAUGUAAAUUGUGAAUGGAUG